AGCAGCUCUUCUAUCUAUAAUUACAACCACAGUUGUGUUUUUCAAAGACAAGAACGCCCCAUAACGCCUUCGAAUUAAAAAACAUAACAUAUUCUCUUCAUUUCCGCUCCAGUGAGAGUCGGUAUGGCGUGAGAAGGGCUUACAGGUCAAGAGUAAUUUAGCGAAUGCCGCGUUCAGCAAACAAAGUGAUUAUAGAUCUCUUAUUUAGGCGAACAACUUGUUGACAGCCACAAGUAAUCAAAUCUCAAGGGUGCUUGCGUAAAGAGACUGCUGCAGCAAUAUUUGUGUCAGUAGUAAUUCCAACGUCCAAUCCUAACUUUCUUGGCUUUACUCUAAUAUUCCGUCUUAAUCAUCUUUAGAAUUGGUUUGUUUAACGUCGAGACUAUCAAUACAAGAAUCUGUAAAGAUUAAUUAUAACUUUGUCACUUCCAAAGGAAAACUCCUCAUUCAGCUUGCUGGGAAARAUCUUUAGUUUACCUAAACUCUUUUCAAUUUGUGCUCCAUUUUCAUCGUUGCUUGGCGUGUAACGCUCAUAUAUUUUCAUGUGAUUGUAUUUUCGAAGAUCUUGUCGAAAGUGUGAGAAGUCAUUGUGUUGAGAUGCGAUUUCUUUAAUCACAUUUUGAAUAGCCUCUUAUUAGGGUCUAUGACUGACAGUAUAUAAAGCCGUUGACACCUCAAUCAUUUCACAUGCAGACCUUUUAUGAUUGAAGACGAUGGAUGAUUAAGCCGUUCAAACGUCUUGUAACAGCCUGGUAUUUGACAGUUCACAUCAUUUGACUUCUGCGACUUUCCAUCGCCAUGUUUCAAGUGAUCAAAAUGAAGCAUAAUCUCUUGAUAAUGUUAACGAUUUCUUCCAACUUGUUUACAGAUGUUGAAGGCGUUUGGUGGACUUUAGGAACACAAGUUUCUGCGUCUUCAGAUCCUGUCAAGAAAGGCAUGUUAUGCUAUGUUACUCCAGAGCUUAACGGAAGACAGCGCGAAGUAUGUCGCCAGCACCCUUCUCUUAUGGGUAAUGUUGCUUUGGGUGCCAAGUACGCCAUAGACGAGUGCCAACAUCAGUUUCGCAGUCGACGCUGGAACUGCUCGACUAUCAGCGAUUCCGGAAGCCUGUUUACUUCAGCUCUUGACCGAGGUUGCAGAGAAGCUGCCUUCGUCCAUGCCAUCACAGCUGCGGGCGUUGCCCAUGCAGUAACCGACGCAUGCUCAUCAGGGAACAUAGAAAGCUGCGAUUGCGAUCGUUCGAAAUCUGGUUCGUCAGGGAAAGGGUGGACAUGGUCUGGUUGCAGUAGUAACAUUAAGUUUGGAGAAUGGUUCAGUAAGCAAUUUACUGAGGCACGUGAACGAGGGAAUAGUUUAAGAAUGAUGAUGAACAGGCACAACAGCAGAGCUGGAAGAAAGGCCAUUGGAAAACUGGUGUGGCGAAAAUGCAAAUGUCAUGGCCUUUCGGGCUCAUGUUCAAUGAAGACCUGUUGGAUACAGCAACCAAACUUUCGCCAAGUUGGAGAGCACCUACGAGACAGAUACAACGGAGCUUCAGAAAUGAUCAUAAAYAUUAACCGAAAAGGAAAACAAAGGCUGAAACCAAAGCACAAACACUUAAAAAAGCCGACAGAAAGCGACCUCAUUUACUACCAGAGCUCGCCGAAUUUCUGUGAUCACAAUCCAAAAGCUGGAUCGCUUGGGACGUCGGGACGGAAAUGCAACUAUUCCUCUACAGGACUGGAUGGCUGUGAACUUCUAUGCUGUGGUCGUGGUCAUAAUAUUCAGCAAGCAAUAGUAACAAGGAACUGUAACUGUGUUUUUCUUUGGUGCUGUGAGGUAAAAUGCGAGAGAUGUAAAGAACUGGUUAAUGUCUAUACUUGUAAAUAACGCCAAAAUCAACAAAAAUGUUGGAACUAUUUCAUAGUGUUACUCCUUUGUACAAUGACUGGAGGAACACAGKCCUUACGCGCUAAAUAGGUAUCAGUCAAUCAAGAGCUCUUCAUGUAAUGCACGACUUUCCUGUUUAAAUAAGGAAAGCAUGUAUAGUAUUAUGAUAACUUAAAUUGGUUCUUUGAAUAUAGAUUGAUAUGGAGAACGUGAUGUAGCGGGUAAAGCUAGUACAAUGAGCGAAAAAAAACGAAGCUAGCAAUUCCUGUAUCGCUGCUCAGGUAGUUUAAGGCUUGGGUAUUAUGUUGACAUGCGGAAUUAUAUAUUCUUCGAUAGCACAAUAACCUUAAUAAGUACAGAACCCAARUUCUGACACAUGUUGAGGAUCCUGGUACACAAGACUUUUAUAUGACAAAUGAGCCAUUUUGUUGGUCACGUGACUUUAAGGCAUCAAAAACGGUUUUUCGAAAAUGGGGAGUAUAGAGGCUUUAUCAAUUAAGUUCAAACAUGCUUUGAUAUUAAGCUGAUGUUGGUUCAUAUAUGAAAUAGUCUUUUCUCGUUGUAUUCACUUAUUAUUUAAGACAAUAUUUACAAAAAAUCAAUAUGCAAAUUAGGUCACGUGACAUUUAUCUUUAAUAACUCAUUUAAUAAUACAUUUAUUCAAAGAAAAAAGUCUAAAAUGAAAACCAUUCUUUAAUAGAAACCAAACGAAAUAUAACACAUCACGAUCCGAAAAAUAUUUCCACUCCCCAUUUUGAACCGAAUAUUUUUCAGUUAAAAUUCAAGCUAGCUAGUCACGUGAUACUUCCCUUAAAGUAAAAACAUAUCAAAAUUUUAGCAUUCAUGGCUAAACACCGAUAAAAGUCAAAAUAUCACCAUCUCUUACUAAAGAAAAGGCAAGAAGCUCUUUAUAUACACAAUUUAUGCAAAUUUGGCUCAACCCAAGCCUUAAUCUACCUGAGUGGGUUUUUUAAUACCCUAGAAAGUGGAAGUAUUUUAGAUUUUAACUGAUAGAAAAACAUGAUGCGGUGGUAUAUUCGUUAGAUAAAGCAAUACAAACCGAUAACCACUCCUUGACUGAUGAGCAUACCACACACACUGAAGCAUGCUUAUCUGGUGACAAUUAACAAGAAAAUUCAAUCUUAUUGCCCAAGAGCAAUUCUUCUUUUCAGCACAGAGGUCAUUAAUUGAGGAGCAGUAAUUAAGAUUUGUCAUCAUGCAGUGAGAAUGUCAUCAGGCAAUUUUAAUUUAUUUCCCAUCAUGCCUCGAUUCUUUUUGGAAUUCGUUUCCCGAUGUGCUUUUUAGUGUCAUCUUAUGUUUCAGACAUGCUUUUGUGAUGUCGUGCUAUUGUCUAUUCUCAGAAUUCUAGUGCAAGCGAGCUUAGCCUCGAAUCUAUGUGUAAAUUCGUUGUUUUUUCUAAUGCUUUCRAUCCUAGGAACGAGGCUGUUCCCGCGUUGUACUUGAAUUUUAAGAAUAGUCAGUAUUAAACCAAGUGUUCCAUCACACCCUUAAUUCUACUAUUUGCUAGGGGCAUAAAAAUGGGAUUUUUGUGCACGAUUUCUGUGCACGUUUGAGCUCCCCAGCUAUUUCUUGUCGCUGCAUGGCUGCUUUUCGAAAAAUAUUAUGGCUGAACGUAGCCUAUUUAUAAGUUUAUUACGUAUUGAAGAAUACAGCACAGUAAAACUAGGACUUUGUGUCAGGUAAUGUACCUGAAGAACAUGAAAACACAGUGUCAAUAGCUUUGUCAUGAUAGUCUAAUAAAUUUAGUUCGAAUGGGAUCGAGGAACUCGACACUUUCAACGUGCAAGUGUCCUGGGUAUGAAUCCAGUGAAGGUAUUUCUUCCAUAAAUGAAUCACUGACUUAAUAAUAUGUAAAUAAAAACAAGUCAAAUUAAAGUUGGUGUUACUCGAGUGUAAAAA